CUAAGGUUGCGCACUUCAUCGAAGGGAACUCGCGGAGUACUUCGAUGUGGAUAAGGUUUGGCUGAGGUGCCCAUUGGUGCGCACAUUAAUAAACUCUCUGGAAGGCGAUCGGGUUGCGUGUGCAGGUGUUCCAUCAGCAGGGACGGCCAUAGGUCGCGCAUAUAAAUUUUCUUCCCAUUGAAGAGAACGGCCAUGGCUCUGUGUGGACCGAAGCUCUCACUAUGCGGGUUGAUUGUCAGUGUAUGGGGCAUCAUCCAGCUGUCCAUCAUGGGUGGCCUGUUCAUGUGGAAUAGUGUUGGCCUUAUUGAAGAUCUUGGUCUGGAAGAACACUAUGAUACUGCUGAAGAGCUGUACUCAGAUGCUGACAAAGCUUACAAAAAUAUUGCGUACAACUGCUGGAUAGCGGCGGCCAUAUACCUGGUGACGAUGGUGGUUUCCGUCCAGCAGUUCUACGUGAAUCGACAGGCGGGCCACUUCCAGCUGUAAACCGUGCCCCCUGAUGCCGGCUGUCGCCUGCUGCGGGGUGCACACCCAUAGUCUGUCUGGAAUCAACCGUACCCUCGGAUGCCGACUGUCGGCUGCCGGCGGGUGCACACCCAUAGCCUGUCUGGAAUGAACCGUACCCCCUGAUGCCGGCUGUCGGCUGCCGGCGGGUCUGUCUGGAAGCUGGACACCCAUAGUCUGUCUGGAAGCUGUUUUGAGAUGUGACCGCCGACUGCGCGUGUAAUAAGUCGUGUACAUAAUCAUGUUCCAGUGAAUCGGUGGUGCGCGUGUGAAAUAGUCUCGUGAAUAUCGCCUAGCAUCCUCUGCAAGGUAUUCGGUACCACGCCUGACGCGGGCGUGCCGCACCGCUCGUAGGCGUGGCUGGGGUGGGGCACUGCAGCGCGGUUAAUCAUUCUUGUGAAUAAUUUCACCAGGUGCUGUACGUUACGUGCAGCUAGUUGGUGUCGGUUACCUGAACUCAACCAUUCCUACGUUUUUGCAUAGUCUGUCGUGUAACAGUGUUAAUGAAAACAUCUUAUUCCAGAGUGAGCGUAGACUCAAUUGCCAGUUCAGUUCACAUUCACGGGCUGUACGAGAUCCGAAUAAUAAACCUACCUGACGGUAUUUG